AUGUCAUCCGACGUCCUAAUAGAGGAGUUUGAGGUUCUCGAAUCGAUUUAUCCCGAUGAAUUCACGAAACUGACGGAAAGGGAAAUCAAGAUCGAUGUAGAACCAGAGGACUUCGCUGAAGUGGCCGAAAAUCUCAAACUCUCGCUCUCUGUCCAGUACCCCGAUGGAUACCCCGAUGUCAUACCGGAGCUCACUCUAGAGACUCUCGAAGGAGAACUCGAUGAGUCUGAAACAACAUCCUUGCUCGAUGGCAUGCGCGCAGUCGGAGAGGAGAAUAUGGGCAUGGCCAUGACUUUCGCUAUGGUAUCAAAUCUCAGAGAACAACUAUCCACCCUCAUUCACCAUCGAGCCGAGGAACAUCAAAAAGCAGAGAUGGAGAAGGAGCAGGCGCGUACUAGAGGUACACCCGUGACUGUCGACACUUUCAUGCAGUGGAAGAAGAAGUUCGAUCAAGAGAUCAAGAUCAGGAAGACUCGCCAGGAGGAGGAGAGGAUGAGAGGUCUGUCGUCGAAGGAAAGAGAAGAAUAUAAGAAAAUCGGUACACGGCCAACAGGCCGACAAUUGUUUGAACGCGACCGCACCUUGGCUAUCGAGGACAGUUCCCUCGUCGAAGAGGGUACCGAGUCUGUCGAUGUCACCCAGUACGAGCGUAGGCGACCAGACGAUGAAGAAGAAGACGGUGACCGUGUGGAAUUCAGUGAUAGCGACUGA